GGAGGUCAUCAUGAUCCUAGCAUUGAGGUACUAGCCCGCAAAGGAGUCGUAAGGGGAGUUGUAGAGGAUGAACAAGAGAAGUACAACAACAUGCGCCGCAACAUUGAUUAUAUGCAGCUGCAAGGGGGCCCGGACGGGCUCGUUGUGGGCCGACGUAGAUCUGUAGACGUCGACUACCGAGAAAUUAUAAGGCGUGGCGAUCCUUCUACUUUUAGUUCUAGUUGUUCUGCGGCAUGCAGUGGAGGCUUACGACCGAGAAGUGAUCAUGUUGUCGCACCUGCACUGCUGGGGAAGCGGGCUCUUGAUGUUCACCAUGUAGAUAAUGUUGUCCAUGAUAUGCUUAUGCCUCGUCAUCGUGGUGGUCAUCUACCGAUGGAAGGUCCGAGGAAGAUGAAUACUAAUGUUAGAGAAGAUCGUCCUCUUCGUUUCCUUGGCUACGGUCCACAAACAGUCGGAACGCCACAUGGUCAGAGCCUCUCUAGCUCUAUACAGGGUCAGAGCAUCUCUUUGUAUGAGGCCACUCAUUGCGAACGGAGAAGAUAUGGGAACAAUGUCGUUCCACCUACUUACUUAAGUAAAAAGGGGCCAAAGGAGGGGAACGACGUUCCCCUAUCGACAUUCUCAAUGAGUGGAAGCAUUCACUCUUUGCACUUGAGCAACAUCAAUGAUUAUGCGCCUGCUGGCGCUGCGAGUGAUCAUGUUGAUGAUGAUGGGAAUCAUUCACCUUAUCAUGCUUCUUCAUCUGGACAUCAAGCUAAUUAUCAUGACCAUGCUGAUGGCGUACUGCGUCGCUUACAAGCGGCCAGUCGUGCAACUUCCUCCCAGUCCUAUAGAAGAUUAUGAGUGUUGUAGGAAAUGCAUUUUCAAAGUCAACAUCUGGACUUAGUUGGUUUUUUUAGAUAGAAAAGUAGUUUGUUCUUUUUCUAACUUUUCCUGAUUUUUGUUUUUUCCUAGUCAGGUCUGCUCGACCUCCUUCCACAGAUAUUCAUGAUAAUAGAAGGGACGACCACGACGGAGCCAGAUCCAGAUGAUCUGUGAGAUGCACUUCCUAAAAUACGUCUAAGAAGAGACAUCGUUCGAGUUGGAGAAGUUCAAGAAUUUGUUGUUGGUGAGGGAAACCGACGCGAGACGUGGAAGGUUGUGCCAUUGCUCUCUCGGCAUUCUCAGGUGGGGCUUCAGAAUGGCGGGAAUGCGGAGACACGCAACAAGAAAGAGAAUGCUGCAAAUGCUGGAGGAGGAGGUGAAGACGGCGAUGCACGCAGAGAGAAUGCAAAUGCGGGAGGACGAGAAGUAGGUGAAGAUGACGAGCAGGGUGCUGAAGAUCAUAUGGUUGUACAUGAUAGAAGAAGCACUUCUCCAAUCCAACAUCAAGAACGUCUUCCCAUACCAAGCAUUCUCCCAUCUACCACAAGAUCCGGAUCAAGUUGUACUACGCAAGAACAGCAAGAGCACCAUCAAAACACUACAGCUGCGCUAAUAUGCGCCCCGAGACAAGAUGGUGCCACUCUUUCUGAUGUGCAACGUCGAAAAACAGAAAACACUCAGACCGCUCCAGUUGAAGAGCCAGAAGUUGUCCAUUACCAUGAUCAAGAAACUCAAGAAGGUCAACUACAACGAGGUGAUGAUCUUUGUCAAGUCGAGCAGCGCCCACGUGGAGGUGCUCGACAAGAUGCAGCUGUGCCGCCGUUCAUCUGCUCGUCGUAUCGCAGAGAUUUGCACUUCUCCACUACGCUAGAAGCAACCCUAGAAAAUUUCCGUUCGACAAGAACUGGAAAAUUGAUAAUUCCAACGUCAUCGUCUUCAUCCUCAUGUAAUGGCAAUCAGGCAUCCCGAGACUCGCACAAAGAAUCAGCUUUUUCCGAAAGUAGAGAGUCUGCUUUUACACCCGUGUCAAGUCGAGCAAGAAGCUUCCCAGUGGAAGCCUUUGAGCAAUUGUCUCACAUAUCAAUCUCAAGGGAAAUACAAGAACAAGAACAUCAACAACAAGGGGUAGGGGGAGUACUAGUCGUACAUGAUGUUAAGGGUCAGCGACGACUUCCGGAGCAGGACGUACUACGACAUGAUGGACAUCUUCAAGUGCAGGAUCAUACGGAUCUUCACGAAGAACCCGCGGUACAUCUUCUUCGUCUUGUAGAAGAUAAGGACCACGUACUGGAGACUCCGCGACAGGCUGAGCUUGAGUGGGCGAGAUCAUCAGCAGGUUUGUCAACAGGGGAACAACAUCAAGUGGCGAGAUCCACCAAUAUCGUACUAGCAGAGAAAAUGCGAAGCCAAUCGGCGGAUUUCUUGUCUUUAGAUUUAGAUCGUCGUUGUCUUCCUGGCAUCCGAUGUGGAGGACCUGUCCAGAUCCGCGUUUCGGAGCUGCGGCACUCUCCGGCAUCAUCCUUGUUAAGCCUACCGCUCAAGCAUCCUUAACAUCACCAUCUUCAUCCUUGGAUCUUCUUUUUCUACUUGAAAAAGAAGGUGGAUAUGAAGAGGAGAGGGAUAAAAAGACUUGCCGGGAAGAAGAUGCAGCUCAGGCUCAGGCGGUUGUAGCUCUAACCUCCGUAGAUGCUGCGCUUCCACCCUCAGUCUUCGACUUUUCUUACCGUAACACAUUUGAAUCUAGUAGAAGAGGAGAGGAGGACGAUGAACAACCGAGCAAGACUUUUAGUGUUGGAAUCACGAGUAAUUAUACGGACACUUCUUCUACUAGUCCUCCUCUUAAAAACUCGUCGAGUAAUUAUUAUACGGAGGACAGGUGCACGUCGCGCGGCCGCGACGGCGACAGAGACGCCAGUUGUGUUGAGCAGGAAGAACAAGAAGAAGAUCAUGCUCAUGGACGAGCUGGUAGUAGAGAAAAUAAAGUUAGGGCUUCCCCUAAUGCAAUUUUUUACUUAUAGGGAUCGUCUCAAGUGGAUGAAUAUGUUUUUUGACUAUCUAAUGUUCACAAGCUUAUAGUAUAGGGAUUUUCUUCAUCUUCUAUGUAGACAUAAUAACCGUAAUAUCUAUGCUUGCCGUUGCACCCAAAGAUCUGCACUCUAAUGCAAAAGAAGGGCCACCUGUGGAUACGACUUGCUCCAGUCCUAGGUCUAGCUUUUUUGGUGACUGUGCUGCCUUCCAUAGGCUUCGACACGAAAGCCACGACGGUCCUUUUUCGACUAAGGCUCAUGCAGCUUUUUCUGAGAAUAUGUAACUAUCUUCGUGUGCUCCUCCUCCUGGGUAGAUAGAUAUAAAACUUCAUCUCUACAACUGGUGUGAGAAUAUAAUUAUCUUCUAUGUUAAUAUUGAUGUUCUUGUUCUUCUUGGUACUAGAAGUAGAAGAUGGUCGUGCAUGAAUGCUUCACGCCUACAAUCUCCUACAUCAAGCUGCAACUGCGUUAAGGUUUCUUCUCCCUCUACUUGAUGUGAGCUCUAAUUCGAAGCGGGAGAUUGGGGUUUUUAGUGGACAUUGGCGAUUGAUGGGCCACGACGGUCAGAAUGUACGAUAUGCGAAAUUUUUAGAGAGCUUUCUCGUUUUCGACGACCAGAUAACCGACUGUGGAGAUUAUCACUCACUAUUGAGUUUCAGGCGGGUUUUGCCUUCCAACAGUACAACUCACGUCGUACUAGGCGGUGGGGCCGCAGCAGCUCCUUUUUUACAUCUAGAAGCAGGAGGAGCAUCAUCUUCUUCUGGUGCAGCUGCUAGUGGAUCUUCAUCUUCUUAUCUUAAUCUUGAAGCAUCUUCUGCUCAGCAAUUGUAUAAAAAAGUCGCUGUCGUCGCUGUGCAGCAAGAACGUGGCUCGUCCUCGUCCACACAACAUGCUCCUCGUCAUGAGCUUUUGCCUUCCUCGUCUAAGUCGAAACGUGGCGGAGGAGAACUAGAGACAGACAACAUCGUAGCCAUUUGGGAGACCAGCACUUUGCUUAAGGCUACUGCCGAUGAAGCAUCCUCGACAACAACCUGAUCCUUGCUAUGCUUCUUUUUCUACUUGGAAAGGAAGCACCCAAGGAUUUGCAUCUCAAGGAGGAUGCGAGCGCGCUAGAAGCUCUAAUUUGCAUCGACAGGGAGACUGCGUAGUGCGCACAAGUCUCGGACUCGCUCUCGUUUAUCAGGCAGAUGCAAUGAUGGCCAAGAGCAGCUACGGCUUAUUUUUCAAAUACUAUUUUUUCUAUGAAAUGCUCAUCAUGUUGUUCCUGUUGAUGGUGCUCGACGUCCUCUUCUCUUAUAGUGUUGUAGUGAUGCAAAUUGUCAUCACUUUAAUAAUCGAAUAAACUAAAAAAAGAAUCUCUACUCAUCCGUGUCCCGUGUCCAUCUAAGACUACAGCUCUCCCUCCAGCGACGAAGUAGAUCACGAAGCAGCAGAUGGAAAGCAGCAGCGCGUACGACCGCCACUUCCAGCGAUAGUGCUGGAACACCUUCGCUUAGGUUUGGACUUCUCUGGUGCGCGUUUGAGGCAGCAGAGAUACCGACUGACAAAGAGACGCUUUCAAUUAAGGCAACAGUUUUGCUUCUUGACAUUGAAGAUUCCUCAACAAGGAAGAGAAUAUGAAUUCCAAGUAUGGUAAUAAUAUGGCUUCACCUGCUUAGAAGGAUGUGGAUGAUUACGAUUAGGUAGCAAGGACUGCAACACAAUGAAGGAGCAAUCAACACAUGAUGACGUGAAGAUGCAGUUACAGAAUUUAAAGCUUGACCUCCUCCUCCAUCACAACUGCAUCACAUUUCUAAGUCACAUUCUAUACAACUCUGAGGAGAGCGAUUCCGUAAUCGACGAUGAGGAAACAGCAUCAAAAAUUCAGAACUUCGUGCACGAAGUAGAGCAAGCAAAGAGAGAGACUACGGCAGCUGCGAAGAAUGGAGAUGUGAUCGCUCAUCAAGAAAAUACAAUAGGAGACCGCCAGCUUGGAACAUGAAGCCGACUACAACUAGUAGCAUGAUUAUGAUAUACUUGUAAGAUGAUACGGGACGUGUUUGUAAGUGUAGAGCUAGGGGUGGACGUGGAGAGAAUGAAAAUCAUCGCAACUACAAGAAGAUUUGAACAAGAGCAUUCGCCUUCAAGGAAGUAGUAGUAAAUGAAGUGGCGCCCUUCCAUUAGAAGAUGAGUGGUCGCCUCUAUAGGAUAUCGAUGAUUUUUGGUAGUGCACACAUUUGAGUUUAUAAGAAUUUCCAAGAUUGUACCUGAUGAAUUGCGGAUCAACCGGAGGCUCUUUCAGGAGUUGAAGAUGUUCAAAACGCAUGUGAAUGAAUUAACUCUCGUCCGCCUGGGGCGAAUGUUUCACGGAUGAAGACGGUCCCGUCGUAGAUCAGCUCUUGGCGGCGCUGUCUAAACGUCGUGGACGGGUCCUAUCUGAGCUACAUUGCCGGGCCGCCUCACUCUAACAAAGUUCGAUCUCAGUAGUGGCGCCGCCCUCUGUGCCGAGUGUCCACAGCUUGCAGCUUCAGGGCCUAGCCAGUGAAUGGCCACGCCAAAGCCCUUUUCCUCUCCGUGGUCGAUCCUGCAGGGUUUAGCCCUUGUUGUCUCUCGGGGUGCGUCCGAUAUGGUCCAUCAUUGUUCUACUUAUGAGCCGUCGACUAGUCCGCCCGUGGGGCUUCCUUAGGCUCUAGCUUUUCUACAGCGGUAGCCGUUGUGCUUCGUCGUUUGCGUAGUCGUAGCGCUUGGCCGUUGUGCUUCAGGCUCCCCGCGGGGUAAUUAAAUGGAACUAUAGCCGGAAACUGUCGACCCAGGUCCCAAAAAAAAAAGCCCGAACCGCGAACAUGAACGAAGGAAUGAAAAAGUUUUCAUAGAAGUACCCACUCUGGUUUUGGCAUGAAUGAGCAAGUCACUACAA